CAAGUGGACAGCUGUCUCAGACAGCUGUUAGAAUCAAAAUAUAGAACUAAACCGUUAGUCAAUUAUUGCAUAGUUUGCUAGGAUUGCGAUGUGCUGCGACGAUUUAAAAGCAAGCAACAACAACAGUAAUUAUUCUUCAAGAAUAUGCUUAAUGCAGGGCAGUAUAUGAAAGAUAAUACGUUGCACGCAUUACAGUGAAAGAACGAGUAGUAGAUUUUUUCUGGUAUUGAAAGGCAACUUAAUUAUGAUGUUUUGGGUAAUGUAAUUAUCUCCGAUUAAAAGAUGUGCUCCACAAUCGAGGACAAUGACGAUACCAUAGUAGCAAAGUUUAAGAAAGAUUAUACUGAACAGUUUUAUAUUCUGAUUCGAAUGCACUUGUCUUUUCUACUAGACUUGAAUACAAACGAAAAUGAUUGUAUGUUUGACAGAGCAAGAAUAAAAAAAUGGCAUCUGGUUCCAUUUGCAAAAAAAUCAAAAACUAAAACUGUGAUCAAUGGAGUUCCACUAAGUCAAGAAAAUGUAUGCCAAAUGCAUGUUUUGAUAGAAUUCUUAAAAAAUGAAGAGCAUCUUAAAAAUGAAGGAAUCUUUCGAAGGACAGGUUCAUUAGAAAGGCAGCAAGAAUUAAAACGACUGAUAAGCAACGGCAUGGCUGUGACUUUAGAAUCUGGAACAUAUAAUGUGCAUGAUUGUGCAUCGGUCCUGAAGAGUUUUUUAGCAGAAUUGGUAGAACCACUUUUGACAGAUGCACACUUCCCAACAUAUUGCCAGAUUUCAGAAACUUAUGGCACAAACUAUAGUGCCAGAGAGGCAAAGCUUUUGGAAAUCCUACAACUGCUUGUGCUUUUAUUACCCCCUGAAAACAGGGAACUUUUAGGAGAAAUAUUAAGCCUGCUGAAUUUGACAGCAUCAUUUCAAAGCUACAAUAAAAUGGACACUGACAAUUUAGCGAAACUGUUCAUGCCACAUCUUUUGUGUCCAAGAAAUUUAUCUCCUGAGGUGUUGUUAAAAGGUUCUCAGAAGUUAUUUGGAAUAAUCAGUUUUAUGAUUAAGAAAGCUUCAGAAUUGUUCAAAGUGCCACAAAAGUUAGUGUUAGAUUUUAGAGCAAAAUAUGAAAAGAAGAAAGUAUUAUCACCCACUAAGAGACUGAAUGAAAGUAUUAGUGAUACCGCAAGUACCGUUUUUACAUUUGUGGAUCAAGAAAGGACUGCCAAAGAGAAUGAGUCAAAUCCAACUGAGACAGCUUUAGCUCAGCUCUAUGCCCAUAUACAGAGCUUACCUGAGUCAUCUAAGAAACGUAAGUUAGUUAAACAGUUCAACAAGGAGAAUGGAAAUGGAACCCCAUGCCAAAUACUAAGGAGCUGUGCUCAGACCAAAAACAGAAGUCUAGGCGACGUUAUAAAAAGACGAAUCUUUCAGAAGAACUUGGCUAAUAAAAGAGAGCUCAUGUUUAGGUGUUCUAGCAGCUAUGAAAUUCCCCAAAGUCCACCAGAACCAUCCCCUUAUUCCAAAACUAAAGGGUUGCUUUUCUGUCACAGAAGUUACGAUUCUAGUGAAGAUUUGAGUGCAAAGGAAAGCCCAGCAAAAAAACUGAAGCAGUCCCGUUUGAGCGAGGAAAGUUCGGAGUCGGAAGGUUCUACUUUCAGAAUUAAUGAGGAAACGCAGCUUCUCAGAACCAAACUUAAGUUCUGAUCCGCUCGAUCCAGUUACAUGCGUGACCAGUACACCGGCACCCGCUCGUAUUAGAAACUGUGACAUUUUUGCGACACCUGAUGGGUACUGUAGAAGAUCGAUGUCUCCCAUCACAAGGUCGACGCAGAGGAUGAGCCAAACAAUGCAGGAAUCCAUGAUGACACCUCGAAGUCGCAAGCCGGUCCUCUUACUAUCAGGAACAAGUAUAUGUACCCUGCAUGGCACAAAACGCUCAAACGAGAUGUCAACGCUUUCCGAAAGUUCCGAUAACCAAUCAGUUGACAGAUUGCCCCUCCUUAGAAGAUCGUGGAGUGAGGGCGAUGUUCACGAGGUAUCAAAAGCUGAUGAGAUCAUAGCAAAAGCUUCCUUAUCAGAGGCAUUUAAAGAUUACCUGCACAGUCGAAAUAUGGAAGUUACAUCUCCACAGUCUUCAUUGAAUGAUUCUAGUUUUUCGAGUAGAGCAGAUGAUUUUAGUUACAUGGAGAUAAAUGAGCUGCCCUCUAAUGUAAAUGGAUCCUUAUUGCAAUGUCUGGAUGGUAGUGACUUACAGAAUAAUAGUGGCUUGAACGUAGAAGCAGAGAAGAGUAAGGAGCCCGUCUUGAAACCUCGGCAAUUUGACAAAGAAGGGAAACCGAUUGUUUUUGAAACUUCGUUUUAGAAUGGAAGCUUAGAUGUUUUAUACAAAUAUAGUCUAUAUUGAUAA